AUGCAUGUUGGAGCAGGUAGUCGUGACAAUAGUAACAAUGGCGAUGGAGGUAUUGAUACAGAAUCGCCAGGGCUUUAUGAGGCCAGCGACAGUAGUGACGACAACGAAUACAAGAUCACAGGCUUGUACGGUUUGUCCGAGAGUAGCGAGGAGAGCA